AUGAAAGAAACGUUAGAAAUCCUAACUACCAUAAAUAAAAAUAUAGAGGACAACGACAAAGAUAUAUUAGAGAUCAUAAACCUCAACCUUAAAAAUAAUAGAUCAAAGAGAGGCAUACAAUUAUUCGGGAACCUGUACCAUUUCUGUUGCAAUAUAGCUACUGAAAAACAAUUGAAAAAUAUUUAUACGAACGAAGAAGCGUUAAAUCAACAAAUUAAUAAAUUUAAAGAUGUUUUCGUAUCAGAUCAUAGAGAUUUAAUUAAUAUUACAACCGAAUUAAACAAAUAUACUAAAAACACAAAUAAUAAUAUAAAACUAUUAAAAGAAAACUUCAUCAAAUUCACAAAUGAGGAAAAAACCAAUAAUUUAAUAGAAAAAACAAACCACGAAAACACAAUUCAAGGUAUCCAAGAAAUAAUAUACAACCUCAUAAAAAUAAUAUUAAAAUUCACAAAUUAUGAAAGAGACACUAGUACUCACUUACACUGUAAGUUACAAAAAAUACCACCAAGAAUAAUAGAGUCCAAAACAUUGUAUAAUGACCUCAUAAAACUAGAAAACACAAUAAAAAAAGAUGGGUACGAACUGACCAUUCCGUGGGAAAAUCUUUCAGCGUAUUAUAAUUUACCUAUAGCUGAGUGUCAAUUUUCAAAAACAAAAAUUCUAAUAAAAGUAAAAAUACCGAUCCAAGAAAGAUUUGCUAAAUGGAAAUUGUACCAAUACAUACCGAUACACUUCAAAUUUCAUGACUCUGUCUGUCUUAUACAUUCAGAAAAAACAAAUAUCGCAAAUAAUUAUAUAAAUGACGAACAUAGGAUUAUUUCAGGAAUUGGACUACAACAUUGUGAUCCACCCAUUACUGAUUUAUGUUACAUCCCAAAAUUCUCGUCCGAUAUCACCCUCUCACCAAAAUGUGUAGAAGCAAUAUUUAAGAACCUACCAUUAGACGUAAUUAAUCAAUACUGUUAUUUUCAAUGUGUUAAACAACAAGGUGAAGAUUCUACAAUAAUUAAACAAAUAGGAAUACACACCUAUGCACUAACAAACCCACAGCCAACUCUAAAAAUAAAAAUUGAAAAGUUAAAUACAACAAUUAUAAAAGAACUUUACAUAAACUAUAGCUAUCCAGGGUUAAUUAAAAUAUCGUUCCCAUGUAAUUAUGAAUUAUUAAAGGACGAAAAGAUUUUAAUCCCAAAAAUGUACCCAUGUGAAUCUAAUAACCUAAACAAAUUCAAAAUUAAUAGAAUAUUACCAGUAUCUUGGACAAAAAUUAAGUCAUUAAAAACCAAUUAUGAAGAAACCAAAGAUAAUAAUAUGUACUUUACCAAUAUGUCAGAAAUAUUAAAUACCGAUUGGACCAAAGAAAUACCAAACUUUCACGUCACUAAACAAAUACCAAACAUAGAUAAAUACUUAAAUGAUAUCAUCCUAAAAAAAAUUAACAAACCAUUUGUAGAUGAAUUCUUAGGAGACAUCAUAUAA